AUGGCCACUGAGCUCGAUCGCGUGAUGCAAGAUUUGGCUCUGGAAAGGGAGAAAUGCCAACGACUUUUGAUGGAAAACAUCCAAUUGAAGCAACAAUUGGACGUGUUGAAAAAGGAUAAAACAGAGGUCGUUGAACCGGAGACCGACAUUCAGAUCCAACUUAUCGAAAAAGAUUCGUUGAUUCAUCGACUUCGAGAAGGGAUACAAAAUCUUGGCUUUACUCAAGGAAGUAAAGAAUUAAAUUCGAAUUCCCCGGAAGUUGUGAUCCCAAGAAGAAUUGAGGUCGAGGAUAACUGUGACAAUGGAAUGCGGAAUCUAGAGAUGCCUGCGACCGGUGAUUACCACUAUCUCUCCUGGCCAAUUCAACAGCCAGCUGUGAAUGUGCCAUUCUUCGAUAUACACGCGUAUAAACACGUCAAUCUCGACGUACCACCAUCCAAAAAUCCACAAGGACAAGAUUUACCUCUCAACGAUGUCUCUACACUCAGAUUCUUCUUCAACUUGGGCGUACAACAAUCUCGCGUCGUUUUGUUGAAGCAACAUUUGAAUCAACAUCUUUCAUCAACAUCGCAAGGAUCGAAUUCUGCUACUUCAGCUCCUCCAGCUCCAAUGGUUGGUCCAGGUGGUAGCUCUCUCCCCAAUCAACCAACCGCUGUUCAACCACCGUCACAGUCUCAGCCUCCGCAACUCAUCAAUCAUAUUGGGAUUCAGCUACCCCAAGUCUCGGCUGCUCAAAUCCCCGUCUCUGUUGGAGAUCAACUCGAAUCACUUGCCCAGCUUUCACCUCAACAUCAUAUCCUACGCCAACAACAAAACAUCUUUGCUCAAGCUCAAGCUCAAGCCGCUCAUCAAUUGCAGUUGAACGCCGCUAGACAACAGCCCGUUCCACAAAUUGACCCUGUCACCUCACAUUCUUUAGUUCAACAGUUAGAACAAUUGCGAGUUCAAUCGUCUAAUGUUCCUAAACCGGGUGGUCUAGAAGCUCUUUUACUUCAACAAGCUCUAGCUGCUGCUCAAAACAAUCGAAUCAACGCGAGCAUUGAUCGAAAUCAAUCAAACGAGAUCGAUUCGUGUUCUUCGAGCCCGACCGAGCGCCUUCGAAACGCCACCGAAGAGGAA